AUGAUGAACAAGUGCGAGAAUGUAUUCAACUAUUUCGACAAAAACAGAGAUGGAAAACUAACCCCAUUGGAGCUUCACAGUUACAUUGGAUCAAUUUCCGGCGAUUUAUCACUCGAAGAGGUGCAACUGGUUGUUGCGCCGUUGCUUUCUGGUGAGAAUGGGGUGUUGGGAAAGGAUGAGUUGGAGUGUUUGGUGGAAAGUGAAAACGAAGAAGAGAAAAUGGAGGACUUGAAAAAGACGUUUAGAAUGUAUGAAAUGGAAGGAAUCGAAUGCAUUACUCCAAGAAGCCUGAAGAGAAUGCUGAGCAAAAUGGGUGAGUCAAGGUCUGUCGAUGAAUGUGUUGGGAUGAUUGAUCGAUUUGAUCUUAAUGGCGAUGGGGUUCUCAGCUUCGAUGAGUUCAAAAUCAUGAUGCUAAGCUAA